AUGUAGUACGCCUAAGUGUAAAUGUGUGUGUCUAAACAUGCUUUAAUGAGUUGAAUUUGAGCUUACAGUUCUUUCACCAACCUAUGUGUUUUACAUUGACCGGAUCACAUAACUGAGCUUGUACCAGUUCAUGCUGUGACAAAUGCAACUCUGUUCCAUGUUUCUCUUCACCAGCACCAUCCUGAACAGCAGGGUUUAUGGUAACAGCUGUAAUCCACUCAACAUCAUUUUGUCUCUCAGUGGCAUUGACAACAGCGCUGAUCACUUCAGGUGAACAUUGCUCUGUACACUCACCCAUGUAGUCCUCCAUGUCCCGGUGUGUGCGGGACAGGAAGUCGGCGUCGAUGUUCACUUUUCCAGGUCUGUACUUCAAAGUGAUGUUAAAGUCUGCUAACUCUGACACCCAUCGAUGCCCCGUUGCAUUCAACUUCGCAGUCGUCAUCACAUAGCUCCUAGUCCCUCCUCAGAAGCAUCAAUAUGCAGAAUAAAUGGACCCUCAAACUUUGGAUAGGCCAUAACAGUGAAGCCUACUGACAUGCUCCACAUUCCAAACACAUCUGUGGUCUACACAGCACCCACAGUAUCAGUUGGGAGUACCACUCGGAGCCUUGACCCUGGGGUUUCUCAACCUCCAGUCUUCUUUGAGUCCAAAUCCUCCGCUAACAUGAAGACCAUCGAUCAGAGGGUGAUUGCCCUCUGUUUGGUCCUGACCCUGAUCGCCGCUGUGCAGGUGAAGGCGGCUCCGGUGGCCGAGGACUGGGCAACGGGUCUGAUCCACCGAGCCAAGCGCUCGCUGCUCUGGCGCUGGAACAUGCUCAAGCCCAUGGGGGCCAGCUGCAGGGAGCACUCUGAGUGCGGGACAAAGUACUGCAGGAAACACACCUGUACAUUUAGCAGCUAUUCCUCUUGAAUAUAUGGAUUUCACGACUACCUGGACAGAUACAUUUUUUGAACAUUCAACCACAUAUCACACUGAGCUUUUAAAGUUUGCCAGUCAAAAUACCAGUGGAGCGGAGGACCUUUCUCAUCUUUGGACAUCUAAGAUAAGGACCAUACCCCCUGUUUUCAGAAUCUCCCAUAAGCCAUAUUGACUGUUUUGAGAAUAUUAAAAGGGACAAAAUGACAACAGUAUUGCAAGAACCUUGUAAACACAUGCAGUUGACUGAGACCAAUGCAGUAAAAGCCAACCAUGAGUUGGAAACAAUUUGUUAUGUAUACUAAAUAGUAAAUUUUAGGCUACUAUACCGCCUGGAAACAUUUUUAAGUGAGGGCAGUCACAUAUUUGGAAUAUAUAAUUAAUUGUAUCUUGUACUAAGCACCAGUCCUUUCCAUGUCAGGUAUGGACAACCCAACACUUCUUCUGUUCCAGGACAUGUUGAAGUACUAAAUACAUUCAUGGGAAUUCAAAACAAGUCAAAGCACAUUUGGUUUCUUGGAAAGAAUUUAUUUGUGAUAUCUGAUGUCUUUGCUGUUAUUUAUUUGUAAAUAUGAGAUAUGGGUAAUGUACAUAGUAUCUUUUAUAUUGCCACAGUUAUAGUGUUUACAUUGUUUUUUGUUUUUUUUAGGAAAGAGCAAAGAAAAUCCAAUUUUGCACAAUGCAAUAAAAGAAAA